AUCUAGACCUUGUCAGGAUCCUCUAUUAUAUAUAGUCCUACCUUUUAGUUUCAUUUCCCAUUCACUUAUCUGCUUCCCAUAUGGGCUCUAAUAUCAGUAUAGUAAGACUCGAUUGAGUUGCAAAUAACAAAUCAAGAAGGGUUAGUAUAAGUCUUAAAGGAGGAUAUUAGAUAUUAGAUCUUAAGUGUAUCAUGAAAUUCAGGAGCUGUAAUACUUGCCAACAGUGAACUGAGACCAGGAGCACUUUGGAAAAUCCAGGUCAUUUUCUCUCUCCAUCUCUCAUCUCUGCUUCUGUAUCUUCAUUCUGUACUACCCACCUCCCCUGCCCCAACAUAUACCACAUAUAACAGCUCAUUACAAAUCCCAGUUACCAUCAGCUCCAUGUUUUGUAUAGAUAGAGAAAAGCUGCCUUCUUUUUCUUCCCUUCCCUGGGGGAAGCGUUAUUUGCCCAGCUAGGUCAGGUGCCCACCCCUAAACUGCUGGCAGAGAUCUCAGCUACCAUUGGAACAAUAUGGAUGGAGUAGUGUCUGGAAGGGAAAGAAAUUCCUAGAAGAAAAGGUAAAUGUUCAUAAGAGUUCCAAAUCCUACCCAUUCUUCAGUGCCUGCCCAGAGAAUCAGGAUUUUAGAACUGGAAAUAGUCUAGCAGCUCACCUAAUCUAGAACACUGACUUUAUAGAUGAAGAAGAGAUGGGAAUCCUCUUUUUUAAUUACCCAUGUCCUCAGUUAUAUUUUUAAGAAAUGUUUUUAAUUGUAGAAGGACACAAUACCUUUGUUUUGUUUUUAUUGGUGCUGAAGAUAGGACCCAAUGCCUCACAAGUCCUAGGCAAAUGCUUUGCCACUGAGCUAUAACCCCAGCCCCUCAGUCACAUUAAAAAAAAAAAGUUUUUGUGUGUAUAAAACUUGUCAAUGGACCUUUGUUUUUUAUUUAUAUGCAGAGCUGAGGAUCAAACCCAGUGCCUCAUACAUGCUAGGCACAUUCUCUAUCACUGUGCUACAACCCUAGCCCUCAGUUACAUUUUUGACCAUCUUUCCUCAAAGUUUGUUACUCUAGCUCUCCAAAUACCUGCCUUUAACUGGCUGAACGUAGCCACUGUUUGCUGAUGCAAGAGUUUACUUCUUACCUCUAUGACUGCCUUAGCAGGUCCUAUGUUAUGCUUCAGAACCUACCUAUUGGCUUACCUGUUGCAUCUGCUUGUUCAUUCUCUAUCUCAAAGGCACUUGUCCCUCUGCCAAUCACCAAUACACCCUCCUCCAGGGCCAUGUUAUUAAGCACUUUCUCAUCUCUACACAUUAUUUAGUUUAUCUCAUUAAUAUUCUAAGACUUCUAACAUCUGCAUCUCUAUCUUAGAAAUCUCAUCCUGAGUUCCAGAACAAUGGAUAUUGCCACUUGGAUAUCCUAUAGUCAACAUGUUGAAAACUCAACUCAAAAUUGUUUCAAUAAAAUCUGUAUCCCUUAACCCAGAAGGGGUACUGCCAUCAAUCCAAUUCUAAAAUAGCUGAAACUUCUUCCUGUCAUCCUUUCCCAAUCAGUCACCAGGUACAGAGUAUUCUGUUAGAAUCUCCUCAGCCUCUCUUCUCUCCAUUUCCAUAUCCAAAGUUUUUUUUUUAAAUAUAAGUAGUGGGAGGAAUUUAUUAUAAAUUUUCAAAAAUGAAGAAAACAGUUUUCUAGAUUUUUUUUUCUUAAAACACACAUCAGUCUCAUUUUAUAUCUACAAAAUAGUUGCUUUGUCCUCCAAAGUAUAGCAUUAUCUAUUUAAAAAAGAGAGAGAGAGGUAACUAGGAUAAAUGUUAACCAUGAUCUGCAGACACAGAAAUUUUCCAUCUGAUACAUGUUGACUAGUGUAUUCAUGGUAGUUUUUGCCUCUUGAUAAUCAUUUAGUAAAAUGCCUAUAAAUACAUAAAAAUCCUUAAAGUAGACUGAUCUUAGGUCAAAGUACAAGAACAGUGGCUCUCAGUAAAGUCAUCCUAUACACAGUGAAGAAUCCCAGAGUCAUAUAAUGCCAUUCUCAGGAGUAAAAAUGAAGUCGGUACUGGAACACUGAGGCACCAACCUGUGCGAUGCCACCUUUGUCAUAAAUCAAGUUUGCUGUAAAGAAAAGGAAAGGAGCAGUCAUAGAAAGUAUUCUGCCCUUCCCUGUGAGGAGGAAGACCAGCUGAGUUUCAGGGACCUCUUUGCUCAGUCCAGAGCUGUGCCAUGGCAGAGACUGGGGAGGAGGAGACCGCAUCUCCAGAAGCUUCAGGGUUCUCAGACUUGAGCGAUUCAGAGUUCCUAGAGUUUCUGGAUCUGGAUGAUGAGUCAAGUGCUUCAGUUAGCAAGCCUGGUCCUUCUGAACUCCCUGAAAAGGAUGGCAAGUCUGUAAGCUUACAAAACUGGAAACGAGGAUUGGAUGUCUCUUCACCCAUGGAAAGAUUCCACUUAAAAUAUCUAUAUGUCACGGACCUAUCUACUCAGAACUGGUGUGAAUUACAAAUGGCAUUUGAAAAGGAGCUUCCUGAUUUUUUGACACCUGAGAAAGCAGCUGUUUUGGACACUGGUGCCAGCAUCCACCUAGCUAGAGAAUUAGAACUUCAUGAUCUUGUGACUGUUCCCAUCACCACUAAAGAAGAUAAUUGGGCAGUUAAGUUUCUGAAUAUACUAUCAAUGAUUCCUACCCUGCAAUCAGAAGGGUGCAUCAGAGAGUUUCCAGUGUUUGGGGAGGUGGAGGGUGUGUUUCUUGUUGGAGUGAUUGAUGAGUUGCACUAUACAGCCAAAGGGGAACUGGAACUGGCUGAACUCAAGACACGUAGGCGCCCCAUGCUCCCUCUGGAAGCUCAGAAAAAGAAAGACUGUUUUCAAGUUAGGCUAUACAAAUUUAUCUUUGAUGCCAUGGUGCAAGGGAAAGUAACCCCUGAGAUCCUAAUCCACCACACAAAAUUGUGUCCAGACAAGCCACUGGGGCCUUCAGUGCUGCGGCAUGCCCGGCAGGGAGGUUUUUCUGUGAAGUCUUUGGGUGACCUCAUGGAACUAGUCUUCUUGUCUCUCACGCUAUCUGACCUCCCAGUUAUUGAUAUUCUAAAGAUUGAAUAUAUCCAUCAAGAGACUGCCACUGCAUUAGGUACAGAGAUUGUAGCCUUUGAAGAGAAGGAGAUGAGAGACAAGGUACAGCAUUAUAUGGCUUAUUGGAUGGGCCACCGAGAGCCUCAAGGGGUUGAUGUGGAAGAGGCUUGGAAGUGCCGUACAUGCAACUAUGCAGACAUUUGUGAGUGGAGGAAGGGCAGUGGAGUGCUCAGCUCCACAAUGGAACCUCAAACCAAAAAAGCCAAAUGAAUAGAAGAAAUGUUGGUCUUUCCUGCUCCUAAUGUACCUGAAGAAAAGAGUACUCACUUCUGAGCAUGGAUUUCAUGGAUAUUGUUCUUAUUUUUUAAUAUUUCUACAACCUCUAAUCACAUUCAGUCCAGGACCAAGGUUCACAGCUGAGUAGGAGAGAUCUGGAGUUACAUUGUCUCUGAGCUUUGACAUGGAUUGCCAAGAGUAAAGAUGCUCAUCAUGGCUGGAGCAAAGGCAAUACCUUCAGCAAGCAUUGUUUUCCUAAGAAAACUCUUUAGGUUCUAGUAAAUCUUAUUUUUUCUCAAAGUUUCUAUAUUUUACAUUAUAAAAUAAAUGAAAUGUUGUCCAGUUGGACUGGUUUUUUUUAUAUGUGGGGGUAUCAAUCUCGGUUCUUCAGAAAUGACCAAUGUACAUAGUUGUGUAUAUGUUAUAAUAAGCCUGUAAAUUUACAUAUAAAUAUUUUGGAAGCAGAAUUAGAGUAGAUCAAGAAUUUAAAACAAUUAUAAUAAAUAUUCUCAAAUAGAUAAGGGAAAUUGAAAAAGUGAAAAUACUAGAUAUGAGAAAUACAUAUGAAGUAUAUGUAACAUUCACACACACACCUGGGUAUAUGCUAUAAUUUAUAUGAGUACAAUAAUAAGUAUGAGAGGGCUGAGGAUAUGGCUCAGUGGUAGAGCACUUGUCUAACAUGCACAAGGCCAGGGAUUCAAUCCCCAGCACUACAGGACAAAGAAAGAAACAAACCAAAACACCCACAUAAAUAUGUACAAGAAUGUACUUUGUAGUACUUCCACAAUAAGCCUAGAACCUACCCAGAUACCAACCAACAGAAGAGUGAAUGAUAUUGUAUAGCAGUCAAAACAAAUGAACCACAAUGACAUAUAACAAUUCAUAUGAAUCUUUUUUUUUAGUUGUAGAUGGACACAAUACCUUUGUUUUGUUUAUUUUUUUGUGUGGUGCUGAGGAUGGAACCCAGCGCUCACACGUUAGGCAAGUGCUCUACCACUGAGCUACAACUCCAGCCCUGAUAUGUAUGAAUCUUAGCAACCUAUUAGGUUAAAAAAGUAGGUUCCAGAAAAUUACAUACAGCAUACCCUUUUUAUAAAGUGAAAAAUAACAGCAGAAACUUUAAAAAAUUUUUUAAAA